AUGGGGUCAGAUCCUUCUCCAAAGAAAUUGGGGUUUGAGCUUCCUGGGUUAGACACAGCUGCUGCUGGCUCCAUUGUGAAUGUGAUCCUGGAGCCCUGGGGUCUGUGCCAGCGACAGGCCUUCAUUAAAGUCCCCUCUGUGCCCAGCUGGGAUGUGACCUUCUCCAGCGGGAACCAGCCUCCUAGGGCAGCCCCAACAUUAACACCUGAGCCGGAGGCUCCAGCCCUUAUUUUCCUUCUCCUGAGCUUGAUACUUCAGCAGGAUUUCAUUGAUUGGCUUCGCUGCUCAGAGAAACACAGAUGGGACCGCAAGUGUGAAAUAGUAGGAAAGGCUUUUGGAGCUGCUCUUUUAUGGUGUGUGAUUCUCCUCAUUGAUGGCCGAUACGCCGAGUGCAUAAAUAGGGCAUUGAAGGGAAGCAGCACAGAACCCACAGCACAAAGAAUGCCAGCACAGCCACCCAGCGAAGCUUAUAUACUAUCGCAGGUUUUUGGACUAUUUGCCCUUUUUCUUAUCAUCGUUGUCUACGGCCUAUACACACUUUACCCAUUCUGGUUCUGCUGUAAAGAAAAAGAAAAACGUAAGCAGACAGAGAGCCAACGGAUACGAGAGGAACAAGCUCAAAUCUGUAUGUCAAAAGAGGAAAAGUAUGUGCAGGAAAUAGUGCAGAAUGUCCUGGUAUCUAAGUUUAAGGAUCACCUGAAAAAUGUUCCGAAUGACACAAGUAUAAGAGGCAUAUUUGAAGAAGUACAAAACUUUCUUAACCAGCCAGCAACAUCUCAAACUACUCAAAUGGACACCGAAUUGGAAGUAAGGCUCGGAUAACUAAUACGUAUAUAAUAUUCGUGGAAAAGGUGCAGUUCCACAUAUGCAUGGUGGCUUUCCUAUAGCAAUACAACCAGAAACCCCCCCUAACACUUUUUUUAAAAAGUAAAUAUAAUAGAAUUUAACCCAAAAAUCCUACGUUAUAAUAUACGCUUCAUGUUAGCAAGUAGAAAAAAGCUGUAUGGUUGAGUGUUCCCCACAAUAUCUCCCACAGAGAUGUUUGCACUAUUGUACCUCUGUUGGUCCCAGGAUAUUAAAAAGACAAGGAGGGUGAGGGAAUAUCUUUUAUUGGAUCAACUUCUCUUGGUGUGAGAUAUAAGCUUUCAAGAGGUUCUUCUUCAGGUUCUGCAUCUUGUCUUUCUGUGGAAAUUAAUGUUCAUGUGUUUAAUAUAUCCUCAACUAAUAAGCCUAAAGAUAUGCAGUAAUCUGCUGAUCAGGCCAUAUUCUGUUUAUUUAAGGGCAAUGUCCUUGUGCAUUAAAAUAAUAAGGAGAUAUCACUGGUGCUGAGGAUUUUAAAUCUGUGCCCUCUGUCUGUUUCGGGACAAAGAGAGAGAACAAGCAGGUAAACCUGCCUCUAACAAGAUCCUGAAUGAUACAUCUAAAAUUACAAAAAGUGUAAUAACAAGGAACUGCGAUAGAUUGUCUUUUGUUUUAGCUUGUGAAUUUUCCCUGUGCUAGGAGGUCAUUUUAUUCCUGUUUUGUAACUGGGAAGAAGAAUCGGAGGGGAAUCCUCUCGGUUUUAAAUCUUUUUAUUUACCCUGUAAAGUUAUUUUCCAUCCUGAUUUUGCAGCUGUGAUUCUUUUACUUUUUUUUUUU